AUGGUCGCGCCCGCCGCCGCCUGCCGAUCCCCGGCCCCCGCAUCAUCGCUCCGCCGCGCCGCCAUGGUCGUGACCCGAUCCUUCACGCCGCUGCGGCUGCGGCGGUCGCGCCGCGGGGCGCUGGCAUGCGCGGCGGCGCUCACGCAGGACGAGCUGAAGAAGGAGGCCGCGUGGAAGGCGGUGGACUACGUGGAGAGCGGGAUGGUGCUGGGCCUGGGCACGGGCUCCACAGCGGCGUUCGCGGUGGAGAGGAUCGGCAACUUGUUGAAGGAUGGGACGUUGAAGGACAUCGUGGGCGUGCCGACAUCUGUGAGGACGUACGAGCAGGCGAAAGGGCUGGGGAUCCCAUUGGCCACUCUGGAUGAGCAGCCCAAUAUCGACUUGGCCAUCGAUGGCGCAGAUGAAGUUGACCCCAAUCUUGACGUUGUUAAGGGGAGGGGAGGCGCCUUGCUGAGGGAGAAGAUGGUUGAAAUGGCAUCGAAGAAAUUUGUCUGCAUUGUUGAUGAGACCAAGUUGGUUGCUGGAUUGGGAGGCAGCCAAGAUGCGAUGCCCGUGGAGAUUGUCCAGUUCUGCUGGAAGUACAACCUUCAGCGGCUGCAGAACCUUCCAGAGGUCUCCGGCUGCGAAGCCAAGCUGCGCAUGGACGGCGACAAGCCCUACGUCACAGACAACAGCAACUACAUCGUGGACCUUUACUUCAAGAACCCUAUCAAGGACGCCCAUGCCGCAGCAAAGGCCAUGGAAGGCAUGGAGGGCAUUGUGGAUCACGGCCUUUUCCUUGACAUGGUGGAUGUGUGCAUCAUCGCGGGCAAGGGCGGCGUCGAGGUCAAGGAGAGGAAAUGA